ACUCCUUCAAUAUGUUCACUAAGAUUGCCAUCUUCUGCGCUGCCCUCGCAGUAGCACAUGCUUCUCUCGUUGGUCCCUACGGAUGGGGCGCUCCCGUCUAUGGUAAAACUGUUGUUGCUGCACCUGCAUUAGUCGCUCCCGUCUAUGGUAAAGCACUCGUUGCCGCCCCUGCCGUAGCCACCGUCUCAACCCAGAAGACUGCCAUCAACCAUAUCGCCCCAGCUGCACCUGUUGUUGCCGCUGCUCCUCUUGCCGUCGCCGCUCCUUACGCCGCUGUACCCUAUGCCUACGGUGCAGGACUUGUUGCAGGACACGGUUUGGCUGCACCUCUUGUAGGAGCUCAUUACGGUCUCGGAAUUGGGAAACUCGGUUAUGGUUACGGUCUCGAUCAUGGAAAGGCCAUCUGGUAA